GAUGCAUCUUCGAUUUACCCUCUUAGCGCUACCGGCGCCACUAGUACAAUUCUAGUACACUGUACCACUGGGGCAGCAAGGCUGCAAAGCGAGCUGCCAAGUGUAGCCCAGUGUAGGAGGCGCUGCCUUGUGCCAUGCCCUGUGCCAAUGCCAGUGCAGCCGAACUUAGCCGCCUGGCGUUGAUGAAAAGAACUACUUCUGAUACAUGACUAGCAAGUUAGGCCUACUAGAUGUGGCGUUUGUGUUUUGGUUGGUUGUCAUGUGUAGUCUGUGUAGACAGUGGUGGUGAUUAACUCGUGCGCUAGUUAUUGGCGUUGAGUUUCAUAUAAUAACAGAAGGAAAUUUUAUGGUUGCUGCCUCAUGCAGCGAGCCUUCGUAAAGAUCUCUGGUGUUUUGUUGCGGCAGCGAAAGCGACGGGUGAGCAAGGCAACGGCGAGAGAACCGUAGGUGGGCGCUUUUGAUGCAGAAGGGAAGCGCCUCUUACUACGACCGCUUGGACCCCGUGAAACGCCCUGCUUCAGGUGGUCCGGAGGAUCUGGGACAGCAUGCGCCUCGAAGAAUGGCCAUUAUGAGUGAAAUUGAGGAACAGGAGCGGAAAAUAGUGAAUGAAUUCUGUCAUUUGCUGGAAAAGUCCAAACAACUAUUCAACGGUCUGAGGGACCUUCCGCAAUAUGGGCACAAGCAAUGGCAAGCUUACUUCGGAAGGACAUUUGACGUAUAUACGAAGUUAUGGAAAUUUCAGCAACAACAUAGGCAAAUUUUGGACAUUAAAUAUGGUUUGAAAAGAUGGCAAAUCGGAGAGAUUGCCUCGAAGAUUGGACAGUUGUAUUACCAUUAUUACCUGAGAACAAGUGAAACCAACUACCUGAAUGAAGCAUUCUCAUUUUAUGCGGCCAUCCGUGCCCGAGGAUAUUACUCUAAGGCGAGCAAAGAAGAGAGCUUGCCUUACUCCCACCGCUCAGAUUUGAUGGUGAAAAAAUUGCGUUAUUAUGCUCGUUUUAUUGUCGUCUGUCUCCUGCUCAAGAAGAUGAAGCUUGUGCGUGACCUAGUGCGGGAACUUGCCAAGCAGAUUGACGACUACACUGCCACAUACGAGCCAGAGGACCAGCUGGAAUGGUCUCUUGUGUUGGGCGAGAUAAAGUCUUUUAUUGAUGCUGAUAACCUGGUGAAUGUGGUAGACCUGGACUCGUCCUCUAUAGUGCUUUCCCAUCGACUGAGCCCCUUAAACACCCCACCCAUGGAGAAAGUUCCCUCCAGUCAUCUCAGCUUGCAGGAAAUUCUUAUCAUUGGCAACUGCUGUGACCAAAUGGCGGACCCUCCCCAGGUGAAGUUCAGCGAGCUGACGCUGGACAUGUUCCGGAUGCUGCAAACGUUGGAGCGGGAACCACAAGAAGAUACUACGCAGCUCUAUGAUGCUUCACCUGCUCCUGGAAGGGUACCUUUUCCUGAGAAUGGGGGCACAGGUGAUAGCCGUCCUGGCAAGCGUGAGAACCCACACAAGUACCUGCUGUACAAGCCCACAUUCAGCCAGCUGUUUGUGUUCCUGGCUUCGGGCUUCAAGGAGCUGCCACCCAAUGGGGUGCUGCUGCUCUACGUCUCUGCUGAUGGCAGCUUCCCCAAUGUUAAGCACCCUGAAGAGGUUGGUUAUGACUAUGGUGGAGUGACCACUAACAGCAAACGAGAACCUGACCACUCUAAUAAGCGCAACAUCCAGCUCAAAGAUAUGCACUGUCUGUACCCUGGUGACCUGUAUCCAUACACACGGAAGCCACUCUUCCUCAUCAUGGAUAGCGACAACAGCCAUGUGUUCCAGCACAUGCCGCGCUUUUUUGGCCAGCCACUGGUGGCCCUCAUGUCUCCUGAGGAUGUGCCACCUGCUUUCCAUGAUCAACAGCACAAGGGCAACCUGCUGACACUGUUCCUGCACAGCCCAUUGACAGCCCUGUGCUUCGUGUGCCAUGUAGUCGAUGUGCCGGUCUCUCUUUGGGACAAGGCCCUGGGUCACCUUAAUCGCUUUAUGGCGGAGGCCAGCCGUGUCCUCAUACGCUCCCGCAGCAUAGAUCCCGCAUACUUGCAAUUCUAUGGUGAUGACUUCCUAAGGUUGUUGAUGCUGAGGUUUAUCUUCUGUCAUGUUGUCCUAAAACUACAUCGAAUGUUCAAGAUUAAGUAUUCGGUGGGGGACCCAGAGAACUUGUAUCAGAGGAUGCCUCAGGCAGCCAUGGGCACGCCUCCCUACCAGAGCCUGCCGGGGUCCAACUACCUGCCUCGGUCGCACCCCCCAAUUCCUGAGAGCGAGGUCUUGGACCACCCAGCCUUGCAGCGCACCAUUUUGGAGCUCGCAGAAGUGCUGGAUGUGCGCUCUCUCUUUUCGGAGAUAGAUGAAGCUGACUGACAGGCGGUAAUGUUCACCCUGGCCUGAGUGGGAAAAUGCCACAAGCUUAACUGGUCUUUCUUCCUUUUCUGCCCACCUUCUUGCCUCCUCCUGCGAGCGUUAACACACAAGUGGGUGCUCUUUAUCCCUGACACUUGACUCCUCUUCAAGGUCUCCUUCAUGCACUGUGGUCAGGGCGUUGUUGCCAUGUUUUCCCAGUGAUGUGCUGCAACUGUUAGUAUAUAUAUAUAUAUA